AUGCAUCGCAACAUGCAUUAUGGAAGCCAUAGCUCUCCACGUCAGAGCUUGGAAGAUAUGCCAAUGCCUGGCAAUUUCCCGGAUACCCCAGACCUUGACGAUUUUGAAGAUCUUGACAACCACUUCAACAAGAUAAAUCUUGAUAACAGUCUUCCCCGGGGCAGCCAGCUUAAUGAGAGCACAUACGAAGGAUGGACACUAUACCGUGGAGAACCGAAAACGCCUGGUGGUGAGAGAACCUGGGCGACGGCAGCCAUCUGCAAAAUGCCUCUUCCACAAGCUGAAUUAAUCGACCUGAUUCAUAAACAAAAGCGCCAGUCCGUCACGGAAGCAUAUAACGAACUGACUCUGGUCAAACGUCAACACAUCGAUAACCUGAUCGAGCAGAGGAAGCAAGUCUGCAAGGAUCCAAACUACGACUGGAUUUGUGUUUAUAUAAACUCUGCCACCCGAGAUGUGCGGGCUACUUUCGGUCCCAAGAAGGCUUUAACGAUAUCAAUAUCCAUUGUUCUUUGCAGGCAGCUAAAGCCAGAAAUCCUUAGAGCCCGUCGUGCUGCACAAAUCUUAAAGGAGAAGAAAGCUAGAAAUACUGUUAAACAUCAUAAGAACACGGCGCGCGAGGAGUUUGCUGAUCCACUCCUUCCGUCCUUUCAUCGAUCCGGUCUUGGAAAUCGUGUUAACCACGCCCCUCCACCAAACUUUGACCCUCGGAUGAUGGGAGAAAUGCCACUCCAAAGGGGUUUUCCCCCUGAUCAUGGGCGAGGGUCCCCCCCUGACGAGUUCCGGCCUGAUCCCCAUUAUCCACAGCAAUUAAUGCAGCCGGAGAUGCUACAGGUUGCUCCUGGCCAGCAUCAACAAGGCCAAAAGAUGCUCCCUGAAAUGAUACAGAUUCCACCACCCCCGAUUGGACCGCACCAAUCGCAACCUCGUCUCUUACCAGCUCUACAGAAUGACCAUCCAGGCUCCCAGUAUCACCAGCUCCCUCCGCAAGGAUCAAACCAAGGUCCUAUGCCGUCAAAUCAGCAUCAUACUGGACUUAGGGAACGGCCACAAGGCACUCAAGCUCAUAACCAAGGGCCUUUCAACCCACACCAGCAUCACUCAGGGCAUGAAGAAGCAUAUAAUGAUGCUAGAGUGGCGAAUCAGGGACCCAAGAAAUCUCAGCGUCAACGCUCUCAACAAAGACCCGAUGAUAUACCAGAUAUACAAGCUAUGAAUCGGGGUUACCAGCAUCGUGGCCAGGGUCAUGUUAGACAGGAAGAGCCACUGGUGGGCAUCCAAGAACCGAAGCAAAAGCAGCGCAAGCAGAAAAAACUCCCUCCGAAGAUUGUCAACUCAGAGAAAGACAGAAGAAAGCAGGAGAUGGUAGAAAACUGGCUGGAAGAAGAGAGUGAUCCUUCAGACUACGAUUCAUAUCUGUUUGACCCAGAAAACGCAAGUUCCGUCACAGACGAUUCUUUCUCGUUUGGAGAAUAUGAUAACUGUGAUUAUCCUCCUGAUGAUGAAGUCCGUCACCGUCGCUCGAAUAAGAACUAUAGCCGCGAGAAGAGCAAAAGCAGUGAGCGUAGCGGCUACGGGAAGCAACGUUACUCUCUAGGGUACCGCACUCACGUUCGCCCGUCUGAAAGGACUUCUUACCUCACUGAGCUGCCUAGUUCCCGAGGACCUCAAUACCUUUCAGAGUCUAUCGAAAUUCUACCAUCCAGUAGCACCCAUAACCGUCCUGGGAAACUAGUUAGGUCUGAGACGGUUUCUUAUCCCUCCCGACGCCAUACCUUAUAUCCUCGCGAACGAGAUCUACGAACACAUAACCGUGGCCCGCGUCCCACUCACAGUUCUUCCUUUGAAACUGCCUGGGACUUGGAACUACGUGAGAAAGAGCGGGCCCACCAACGGUACUUGGACAGCCAGCAGCUAUCAAUUGAGAGAGAAGUCGAGGCUCGCUUGCUUGCAGAGAGUUUGGCCAGGGAUAGCCCGGACCCGGGACAGACUGCCCAGCUUGAAGGAUACACCCCUCAGCGCGUUCUAGAUACGUAUGAGAAAUAUGAUCGAAUGAAGCGACUUGAUGGCAAUCGGAGGCGGUCAUAUAUAGACCAGCCGCUCCCAAGGACUUAUCCGAAAGAAUACCUCCCUUCCCAUGAGCAUCCAUUCAGAAGGUAA